GCUCAGUGCCCUGCCCCUCCCCUCCAUCCCGAUUGUUCCGCGCGCCGGGGCCCUCGCCGUCCCCCUCCUUGCCCCUCUCCCCGCCCCUCUGCCCCUCUGCCCGGCGCUCGCCCCCAUGGAAUUCACCAGCCCCUCGCCCCUGCCGGCGGCCGAGAGUGUCUGGACGCCGGCGCAACCGCCGCACGGCAUGCCCGGCCACCCGCCCGUCCAGGGGGACUACCCGCUGACGCAGGUGGCCCACUCGCCUGUGGCCGCGGCACAUCCGCCGCCGCCGCCGCCGCCGCCGCCGCCGCCGCCGCCGCCGCCGCCGCCGCCGCCACCAUUCGCGGGCCACAUGUCGGCCCCGCCGGCCUACAAGGCCUAUCCCUCGCCGGGCGCGUCGUACGCUGCGGCGGGCCCCUCGCCCGGUCCAAGGCCCCCCCCGGGCGCCGGCCUCGCCACCAGGGUCGAGGUGAGCUCGGCCUACGCCAUGGUCUGGGACCCGAGCGCCAUCCCUUACACCAACUACAUGGACUUCCUGCCCUACUACGAGGCGCCCAUACCCCUGCCCAAUGCGCUCGCCAGCAGGAGCAAAAGAUCGAACCUCAUCACCUUCCUCAUCCUGGUGAUCAUCGGGGCGAUCCUCAUCGCCGUGGGCAUUGCCAUGUCGCCCCAGUCGUAUGCCAUGGUCGGCGGCGGCGGCACGCUCCUCUUCAAUGGCGUGCUCAUCUUCGGCAUCAUGGCCUUCAUGCGCAUGCGGAUCCGACGCCUGUACAACGCGCGCAUGGCCUUCGAGGCCCACGCGGCCGAGUGCGUCCGCUCCGGCCAAGCCCCGCCCCUGCCGCCGGUGGCCCUGUGCAAGUUCUGCCACAUCAACCGCCAGUCGCGCUACGUGUACACCGUGGUCUGCAAGCGCCCGGCGGACAUGCGGAUCCCGCCGGUGCUGGCCUGCGUCGACCACGUGCGGCCGGAGUACCACCAAAUGAUCCUGACCAUGGCGCGCCAGGUGAAUGGCGGCCUGUAGGCGCCGGCGCGCCGGGGCUGCGGCGCGCGGGCUCCGGCUCACGCAGCAGGCAUCCCCACCCACACCGGUGCGGUGGCGGGGGGGGGGUGAACGCGG